ACGUCAUUCAGUUUGUUUUGAUUUCGAUAGAAGUAGUGUUUUCUGUUCUUUAAAUAUUUGCAAGUUAAUUGGCACAAUAUUGAUCCUGAGAAACAUUUACACGCCUACAAGAAAACUAAUUACAUUGAAUUUAAUACGCACCGGCUGCUGUUUACGUAGAGAAUAAUUGCACUAAAAUGUGGACGAAAAUACUUUUAUUAUUUUUAAUAAAAAGUAUUACUGCAGACCCUACACCGAUCGUGCUAUGGCAUGGAAUGGGUGAUACCUGCUGUUUUUCCUUCAGUUUAGGUUCAUUUAAAAUAUUUCUCCAAGAACAAAUUCCAGGAGUGUAUGUUCACUCACUUAGGGUUGGGAAUUCUACUGUAGAGGAUAUGGAAAAUGGUUACUUUAUGUAUCCUAACAAACAAGUGGAUUAUGUUUGCGAUAAGAUUUCAAAGGAUCCAAAAUUACAGAAUGGUUUCAAUGCAAUUGGGUUUUCACAAGGAUGUCAGUUCUUCCGAGCAGUAAUACAGAGAUGCGGUCAUAAAAUAGGACCCAUCAAGAACUUCAUAAGCCUCGGAGGACAGCAUCAGGGAGUGUAUGGUCUACCACACUGCGGUGCUUUGCAGCAUCAGAGCUGUGACUAUGUUCGGAAACUAUUGAACUAUGCUGCAUAUUAUAGUUGGGUUCAAAAAUCCCUUGUCCAAGCUACAUACUGGCACGACCCUCUCGACGAAGACACGUACAAGUCUCACAGCGAAUUCCUAGCAGAUAUUAACAACGAAAAAACAAUCAAUACGACUUAUAUACAAAACUUGAAUAAUCUAGAAUAUUUUGUGUUGGUUAAAUUCGAUGGAGAUAGCAUAGUGCAGCCAAAGGAAACCGAAUGGUUUGGUUUCUAUGAGCCUGGGCAAGCGAAGAAAUUGAUUACUUUACAAGAGUCGGAGUUGUAUUUGCAAGACCGGCUAGGUUUAAAGAAAAUGGACGAGGCUGGUAAAUUAGUAUUCCUGUCAGUGGACGGCGAUCACCUUCGCUUUUCCGAAGAUUGGUUCAUACAAAAUGUUCUCAAACCGUAUUUGAUUUAAAUUCAGUACUCGUUUUAAUUGGUAUGUAAAUUUUAGAAUAACUAAAAAAAUCCAAUAAUUUAAUAAAUAAUAAUACUGACCUAGUAAAUUAUAAUUAUUAUUACACUAAUAAUUUAAAAGUUAAUGUAUGCUCUCUUUAUUAUUGGAUUCAAUUAUUAUAAAAAAAAAAACUAUUUUAUAUCAGUUUAGUACAAAUGAAGAUGGAGAUUGAACGCUUUAUUGGCGAGGUUAGUAAUAUUUUGUAACACAUACAAAGCAGGAUUUUAAAAUCGGUACAAUAAAGGACUUUGUGUUAAAGUUUAUAAGACUUAAAAUUGAAUCUCAUAUCGUAGAUAUAAGUAUAAAUGCAAUAAUACUACCAAAUGUAUAUCAGUGAUAUAUUAUGAACAAAUAAAAUCGUAAUUGUUA